GUUUUUUCUUAGGCAUUAUUGCUACUUCGAUAAUUACUCUAGAAGUUAGGGAUAGCAAACCUAUUUACAUCACCAGUUUUUCUCCUGCUGCCUAGGAGAAAAGAAUGUAAGGCUCAUCUGCUUCUUGUUCCUGCAUCUAGGGAUGCAACAGGAUCUCCACCCCAAAAAGAUUGUGCACCUCAAAAUACCACACAGGCUCAUCAUCUGAAUCAGUUAUUGAUGACACCUUGGGGACUUGCCACCAAUUCCACUUGAUGCUGCUUUUAAAAUGACUUUUAUGGAGUCUACUCGGCCACUGAUCAUUACAUGGAAACAAAAGAAAAUACUGAGACAUGGAAGCCACUGGUAAUAAAAGAAGAGAAGCUGAGUAUCAUCAGGGUUAAUAAGCUGCUAUUUGAGAUCCAUGAAUGAUUACAGAGUUAAUUUUCUAUAUCGAACUUUCAAGUUUCAUUAAUAAUAUGCUGCCUCUCUGGGACACAGGUGCAGUCAUGGUAAAAAGGCUAUUUAUUCAUCAUACGGAAUAGAAGAGCUAGAGGAACAAUGGCUUCAAAGGUCUCAUGCUUAUACAUUUUGACAGUAGUUUGUUGGGCAAGCGCUCUCUGGUACUUAAGUAUAACUCGCCCUACUUCUUCCUACACUGGCCACAGACAGCUCGGCAGCAUAUCUAUAGCCAGGAAGAAUGUUUCCUUUGGCAACAUAAGAACUCGACCUAUAAAUCCACAUUCUUUUGAAUUUCUUAUCAAUGAACCCAACAAAUGUGAGAAGAGCGUCCCUUUCUUGGUCAUUCUUAUCAGCACAACUCACAAGGAGUUUGAUGCAAGGCAAGCCAUUCGAGAAACAUGGGGAGAUGAAAACAACUUUAAAGGAAUUAAAAUCGCCACACUGUUCCUCCUCGGCAAAAAUGCAGAUCCUGUGUUAAAUCAAAUGGUAGAGCAAGAAAGCCAAAUUUUUCAUGACAUAAUUGUGGAGGAUUUCAUUGACUCCUAUCAUAACCUCACUCUGAAAACGCUGAUGGGGAUGAGGUGGGUAGCAACAUUUUGUUCAAAAGCAAAGUACGUUAUGAAGACAGACAGUGAUAUUUUUGUAAAUAUGGAUAACCUUAUUUAUAAGCUGCUCAAACCUAACACCAAGCCAAGGAGAAGGUACUUCACAGGUUACGUUAUAAACGGAGGGCCAAUACGAGAUGUCCGCAGCAAGUGGUACAUGCCGAGAGAUUUGUAUCCUGACAGCAAUUAUCCACCCUUCUGUUCAGGCACUGGCUAUAUAUUUUCAGCUGACGUAGCAGAACUGAUUUAUAAAACUUCCCUUCAUACCAGACUUCUUCAUCUUGAAGAUGUGUACGUUGGACUCUGUCUCCGGAAGCUGGGCAUUCACCCCUUCCAAAACAGUGGCUUCAAUCACUGGAAAAUGGCUUACAGCUUGUGCAGGUAUCGCAGGGUGAUCACUGUGCACCAGAUAACGCCAGAAGAAAUGCACAGAAUUUGGAAUGACAUGUCCAGCAAGAAACACCUUAGAUGUUAAAAUUUUUACAGAUGUACAUACCUUUUUUUUUAAAAAAAAAAAUUGGUUUAGUGUGGUUAUUUUUUGACCAAGUGAUCUGCUGAUUUACAGGUUAAACUGUGGGAUAUUAACUGUGAGAGGAUUUUUAAUGACUUUUUUCAUUCUCAUUUUCAGUACUGGUUUACAGACUUCAGGCUCUUGUCAUAAGGAGACUACACCAACUGAAAGGAUCUAGAGUCAAAUCUCAGAUUUUGUACACUAUCCUCUGUCACGUAUAUCAGCUCCUGUAUCUGUAUGUAAAAGGACAGUAAUAAACUAUCAUGAGCUGCUAAACAGUUCAUGCCCCAGAUUCCGAGAUAAGACUGUGGCCCUAAGAACUGAAGCAUUAGAAAUAUAAUUGUAUUCCUUUUUUGACACCCUACAAUCAUCUCUGUUUAGAACUUUGUUAACAAAUUGAGUGGUAUACAUUUGCACUGACCUUUUACACCUAUAUAUUGACAUGUAUAGUUUGUGUUACAAUGUGUGCAAUCCUUGAAAACUUACUGAUGGUAUAAUAGCAGAAUUUAGACAAGAACAUCAAAGUCUCAUAGGCCUUAGAAACAAACCCACACACUGAAGUGUAUUUUUAUCCACCAAACAGUAUUUAAAUAAUUUCAGAAGAUACUCCAUUUCUUUCCACUGUCUAAUAGCCCUUAAAAAAAAAUCUAAUACAAUUUUAAUAUGAAGUAGAAUCUGUAGGUAAAAAAAGAGAGAUGUAUGAAAAACUCUCAAAAAUUCAUUUGAGGUACAAGGAUCUUUUAACUUUUAAUUUUAAAGCAAGUGCAAUGUUUGUUAUAAGUAUCAGUGGAGCUCUCCAUUAAGUGUCUUGUAUAGCAAUAUAUAAUUAUAUUGAAUGGUAAAAGUGUCAAUAAGCAGCAUAUUUCUUCAUCAGUCAGUACACAAUUUACCUAAAUAACACAGAAGCAGCUUAAGGUAACAUCUACUUUUUGCUACGGUAUAUGUUAAAAAAAGAAAAAAAACACCCAAAAAAAAACAACCCCAAAAAAUACCCAAGCCAACUCUAUUCAGUACCACCUUCUAACAAAAGCUAAAAUAUGACAUUCUUCAGCUAAUAACUUGGAAUGAAAAAUUCACAAACAAGCUAGAGAAAUGAAACUCAAUAAACCUUAUUAGCUGUAGAUUAAUCACACCAUCCACAGUACACACAAAAGUCACAUUAAUUUCAGCUGGCAUUAUGGGCAACAUACAAAAAAACCCAAACCUGUUACUCCAUACAUUAUUCAGGACAUCUGUAAAGUUGUCCAAAAAUUUUCCAUAGGUGUAUGUAGCACUUUACAGCAGCAGAGGAAUGAAGAUGCUACCCCUAAAGGUUUGCAGUUUCAUGGCAAAUUGUUAGUCUGACUUAGAGAUGCAGCACUACGUUUUUGAAAAGAACUACUUGUAAAUAAGCUAAAGUGUACCUGGCCUUUAAGCUACACAACAGAUAAUCCAGAAUUUUCUGCUAAUCAACAGGAGCUUGUGCAUCCUCCAUAAAUGAAAAUCAGUAAUUUUAGAUAAAAAUACUGAACUUCUUGCAGUAUAAUUAAGAUUUACCUUCCCCUAGCUGACCUAGUCCUCAUUAAGUUGCUCUUGCUUCAUAGCAACCUCAGAACUCUGGCUAAACAAGAUCCAACUAACUGCAUAGAUGAAUAUACAACACACACACACUGGCUGGUUAAAUCUCAGCUUUCCUUACUCAAGCCCCAGAACAUCCAGUUGAAGAAGGGAAAGGAGGGUAGAAUUAAUCUCAGGCCCUCAGGUAAAUCAGAGAGGAUGAAUUCUGUGCUAGCAGGAACUCAUUAUGUAAUAUCUUCAACCUGCAGGUUGCAAUCACUUCUGUUACCCCUCUGCACUGUGUAGUACUUUGGGGUUUCUGAAUCCACAGAGUGGAUUUGGUGGCCUUACUUCUGCUGACAGUUCUGUGGCCUUUGGUUAGUAACCAAGAGGACAGCAGGGCUCUCAAUCCAGACACCUCAGGGCUAGAAUAGCAUGGUAGUCUUGAAUUUCGCCUAGUACAAGUAACCUGCAUUAAUGAUUGGAAGAUACACCUUGAAAAUAAUAUCUGAAGAAAUGUAUUUCCUGCCAUUUAGAAACAGAUAGCUCUUCAACAGAAAUGUAAAUGUUCAUCUUGGAACUGAUGUAUAUAUUUCUAGUGCAUUUUCUUCUGUAUUCAGCUGUAUAUAAGUGUAAAGCCUGCUUGCUAUGUAGUAUUCUGUUAUGCAUGGAGCUAAGCUAGGCAUUAUAUUUGUCCAGUGUUUCAAGAGCCUUAAGCAUGUGUGCCCUAACUUUUGAAUGUACAAGAUUUUUUCUUUUAUUGUCAAGUGAAGAACACAACAAAAAGAACACAACAAAAGCCUAAUUUUCUACUUCUAUUAAUUUUCUGAUAGUAGAUUUCACUAGCUUGCUACACUUACAUAACAGAUGUAUUCUUUUCUCUUUGCUCAGAAAUUGCAGUAUUGCAACCUGGAGCUAGGAAGGGAGUGAUACAUCUACUUGCAGGGACAGCUCACUGGCCCUUCCACCCUACAGUAGUGUUUGUGCCACAUGGGGUACUGUUAACAUACAAACAUUUGCAGUGGGCUUCCUUUAAUCAAGAGAAUUAUUUAUGUUACUUAAAAGUCAUUUUGUUUCAGGAGGCAUGGGACAAAUGACAACUUGGUUAUGACGUGCUAGCUUCUAGGGACUUUACAAGUGUGACUAUGAUUAUAUUUUGAUUCCAAAGCAUACAUUAACAAAGCACACUGAGCAAAGAAGCUAGGAGGGAAAAGCCUCUCUUGAGGAGGUUUUCACAAAAGCAUUUUUUUUUCUAAACAGUGAGAAUAUUUCAACCAAAUUCUCAAGGUUCAUUUUUCAUCUUUCCUAAUAAUAAUGUUACGUAUCAAUUUCGAUUCUUUAUUGGCAUUUUUUUGUAUCUAUAAUGUAGAUGGCAAUUUGCAAAUGAAGAGUGUAAUUAACUAAAAAAGCUUGUCAACAGUAACCAAACUUAAGGUGUAUCAUUAUAUAUGACUGGCUGUACUUAUGUAUUUAUUUGUCUAAAUUGUAUAUAUUGUUUCAUCUAUAGUGUCUGUAGGAGUGCAUUCUUUUAGAUUAAAGUAUUAUUUACAGUUUUGUGGGAUUGCCAGCAAAGCUGCUAAUCAAGAUACUAUUUUUUUGUAUCAACGUCAAAUAAUUAAAAAAAUGAAGAAGAAAAUCAAAUGAAAAA